GGCUGGAUUUGGGCAGGGAGGGAAAAGAAGGAGACGGAAGAAAGAGUGAAAAUUCAUAUGGCUCAAAACCAAACCGCAUUCCGAAUUGUUCUCUUCAGAGGAGAUCUACAUAACACUCACACAAUGCCUCAGAAUCCUCUAGAACAUCUCACAAAUUAUUGCGAUUGCGAGGAAGGGAUGGCCGAUCCUCUAAGUGAUGUACUGUAUCAGCGAAUGUUUCGUGUAUUCUCCUACUUCGCUGAUGCAACAUCAACCGGCACGUUGCAUCCAACACAAGCAUCGUUUAUACUCGACGAAUUAUUACGCGAAGCUGGAAGGCCAUCCACAUCCAGGGGCAACUCAUUCAGCCAUGAUUCAGUGACUUUUCGGUAA